GGGAUUGAGGUGGUUUUUUUGCGCUGAGAGAGAGAGAGAGAGAGAGAGAGAGACUGCAGCAUGCUGCAUUGCAAUCACACUUGAGCACAUGAGAAUCUGCCCACAAAAGCACACGUGUGCAUUCAUUCAGCCGCCGGAUCCUCUGCAGCAGUGCGAUGCUAGCCGAGUGCGUGAUCUCAUUCAAAGCGGGUAACUUGUGUCUUUAGGUGUCUAAAUCUGCUGUCCCCCCCCACACAUACACGCAAAUCAGCGACUCCUCCCACUCCUCCUCCGAACCCCCAUCCACCCAGGUCGACAGCAGGACGGCGUAGAGAUUCUGGACACAGCUCUGAAACCGGACACGGACGUACGCAGGCAAAGACUCAGCUUUUGAUUCUUGUUCCAGCCCAGGGAUUAUAAUGCAGUGUUUGUUUGCUGGAAGAUUUCUCUAAGAGACUGAGAGCUUUUGGUGGGUGACUGUCUUGCGUGUGCGUGCGUACCGGUUGUUUUUUCUGAGCUGUUGGACUGACGCACGGAUACUGCAGCAGAACUGCAGGGGCCUGGACACUAACCUGGAGGACAUGAGGACCCAGCGGAUCCCCCGCCCCUGAGCUCCAGACCCCACUGCUGCUGCACAUUCUGCUGAGCUGAGCAGAGCUCCCAGAGGCCGACAGGAUGCUGACAGCUCGCGAUGGAGCUAGAGAUGAAGCUCAGAAGCUGCACAGGAAAUGGAUGAAGCACCAGGCCUUCAUGGCCGAACUGGCCCGCAACAAAGAAUGGCUCGCCAAGAUUGAACAGGAGGGCGAAGAGCUGAUCCAGGAGCAGCCCGAGUUGCGAUCGGUGGUGGAAAUGAAGUUGAAGGAGAUCAGAGAGUGCUGGUCUCACCUGGAGAACACCACUAAAGUCAAGGCCCGGCAGCUCUUUGAAACCCAGAACCACCGGACUACUGACCUGCCCACUAACAACCUCAGCGACCUGGACCAGCAUUUGAACAUCAUACAGGAGCAGCCGCCCACACUGGGCUCCACCCACACCACACAACCCACCCUUCUCCAGCCCCGUCCCACUUUUAGCCAGCAGCUCCAGAGGAUACAAUCAUGGGAAGACCAAAUGCAGCUUUUUCAUGGCGUUAGUGAAGUCAUGGCUGGUGCUGAACACAGGAGACCUGAAGGAGAAGAGCAAGGAGGCGUGCCAGAAACCCGGAUUGUGCGUCUGAUUGAGCCUCUGAAGGAAAGGAGGCGGAUUCUUCUUGCCUCAAAAGAAUUGCAUCAAGUCACACAGGACCUGGAGGAUGAGAUUAUAUGGAUUCAGGAGCGGUUGCAUUUGGCCUCAUCUAUAGAAUAUGGGACCAAUUUGCAGAGUGUCCAAAAUUUAAUGAAAAACCAUGAGGUGAGGGUUGUAAAUGUAUUCUGGUACAUUCUGGUUAGCCUGACAGGAUAAAUAAUAAUAAAGACA